GAAAAAGAAUAGCAUUCCUUUAAACCGACUUCUGGUUGAAAACGAAAUCAAAGCGAAGCUUAUAUAAGUUGAAGAUUUGCAAGAACAACAAUUUUGUGCAGAGAGCAUUUGAUCGACAACCAACCUGCAUUCAUGUUUAAAAUGGCGAACAACGAAUUCAAGUGGGGAAGUAUGAAGAUGACCCUCACGGUUGAUGAAUCCCGAACGCUCUACUCUUUGCUAGCAGGAGGGGAUGAACGCCCAUUUCUAGACAUCAUCGCCGAUUUUACAUCCAAGAUCCCUCGCACUCGUCAAUUUAUUGCCUGUUAUUCCCUCGCUAUUCUCUUGGAGCCAAAGAAGUUGCUUCAUGCCACACAACGUUUAGUGGGAUUUUCUAUUCUUCACCAGACAUAUUCCUCGCAAAAAUCUUCUUCUAAUCCGUUUAUAUCUUUUAUUGUACACGCUGCUUCUGACGAGGAAGCUGAAAAUUGUGAGAGGGCAUUUAUUUUCCAGCUUUUAGCAUCAGACAGCUCCAGUGAUGGCAAAGAGUUCCUGAAAAAGUCUGCCUCAGAUUACAUUGUACAUUUCGAUCCUUCAUUGCAUGCUUUACCUAAGCGAGAGCAGUUGCAACAACAGUUUUGUGAUGAAAUCCAAGCUCAAUCGUUUGAUUUCUUUUCUAAGGAUGCUUCUGUGAGAAAUGUGGUCCCAGACCCUGAUGUCCCACGGGGUUGUGAUGCAAAUUCUGUGGAGUUUGACCAGCAACCUGGAAUUGUACCUAAAGUGGGAUCUGGAGAAAAAGAUGUGGUGGGGUUAUUGUCUAAUGUAUCACCUCGAGGAUCAAGUCCUGAGUGGAUUAGGCCUCCUCCACCAAGGCUUCCGACACAGAAUGGAGAGUUAGUGUGGUUGAACGUUGACGAUGAUCAUGAACUUUCAUGGGACCAUGAAAUAUGUGUUGAUAGUAGUAGAGGUGCCGCUGCGAGGGACUUAAUUGCAAAAGCUGUGAAGGGCCCUCUUAUACCUGCUGAACACGAGCAAGCGGUGGAGGAGUUGGAAAAUGACCCAAAGCUUGUAUAUCAUUGUGGACUGACACCCAGAAAACUACCUGAACUGGUGGAAAACAAUCCUCUAGUUGCAGUUGAAGUUCUAAAGAAAUUGAUUAAUUCCCCUGAAAUUGCCGAGUAUUUUCAUGUGCUUGUUAACAUGGACAUGAGUUUACACUCUAUGGAAGUUGUCAACAGGCUAACGACAGCUGUCGAACUUCCCUCCGAGUUCAUACACAUGUACAUCAGUAAUUGUAUAUCAUCAUGUGAGAACAUUAAGGACAAGUACAUGCAGAACAGAUUAGUUCGACUUGUAUGUGUUUUUCUACAGAGUCUGAUUCGAAAUAACAUCAUCAAUGUGAAAGAUCUUUUCAUCGAAGUUCAAGCUUUCUGCAUCGAAUUCUCUCGCAUUAGAGAAGCGGCGGCGUUAUUCAGGCUUCUUAAAUCUUUGGAAUGAGACAGACAGACAGACAGAGUGCUUGCUGCAUCCAUCUCAGCCGCCAUCCUUUUUGUAAAUAGCAAUUGUUAGCAUUUUAUAUACUCGAGCCUUAGGAUCCCCUCUCUUCUCUCUCUCCUCUCCUACUGUCUCUCUGUUAUGGCUUAGCAAACAUUUGACUAAAUAUAUAUUUGGCUUAGCCCACUUCCCAUU